AUUUGCUACCAGCGGCGGCGGCGGCGGAGCCAGGCCGGUCUUCAGCGCCCAGCACCGUCGCUCCCGGCAGCCCGGAGCGCGCACCGCAGGCCGGCGGCCGAGCUCGCGCAUCCCAGCCAUCGCUCCUCCACCUGCUCCAGAGAGAAGGGAAGAUGAGCGAGUCGAGCUCGAAGUCCAGCCAGCCCUUGGCCUCCAAGCAGGAAAAGGACGGCACUGAGAAGCGGGGUCGGGGCAGGCCGCGCAAGCAGCCUCCGGUGAGUCCCGGGACGGCGCUGGUAGGGAGUCAGAAGGAACCCAGCGAAGUGCCAACACCUAAGAGACCUCGGGGCCGACCAAAGGGGAGCAAAAACAAGGGUGCUGCCAAGACCCGGAAAACUACCACAACUCCAGGGAGGAAACCAAGGGGCAGACCCAAAAAACUGGAGAAGGAGGAAGAAGAGGGCAUCUCGCAGGAGUCCUCCGAGGAGGAGCAGUGACCGCGCCGUGCCGCCUGCUCCUUCACCGGGGAGCAGUUUCCUUCUGGGACUGGACAGCUCCGCUCCGCUCCCACCGCCCCCGCCCCUCCCCCCAGGCCCACGCGUCACCGCCACCUACCUGUGCCCUCACCACCACACUACACAGCACACCAGCCGCUGCGGGGCCCCGAGGCCUGAGCGGGGAGCAGUUUCCUUUGGUCUAGGUUUCCAGCGACCCCUCACCCAUGCGCACAUUUGCCCUUCCAGACAAAGCCGACUUCCCGCCUCGCCGCACCCUGCCCCUGCUGCGUCCCCACGCUCAGUGGUUGGGGACAUUGCUGACUGGGCUCUUGGUAUGGGGGUCCCCUCUGCUUCCCCACUCUUCCUUCUGGCUUCCCACUAAGGGGCCUGGGAGGGCUCCCCUGGCCUUAAAAGGGGCCAUGCCCCAUCUCAUUCUGAUCUGCCCCACUCCACAGCACUGGCAGCAGCAGGUACGGCCAGUGGGGAGGGGUGCUCAGCCCCAAGAUGCGCCCACCCAGCCUGGGUCUCACCAGGUGCGGCUCACGCCCACUUUUCUUCCUUCCCACCUUGCUUAGUCCUUGCUCGAGGUCGGACAGCCCCUUUUGGGGCACAGGAAGGAAGGAAGGCAGGAGGGGUCUGAGCUCCCUACCGUCUCCAAACGGGCUCCAGCCCACCUCACCGCCACCCUGGAACCUAUUGCAGUGAGGGAAAUUCGGUCACCCUUUAUCCAGGAGGCCCAGGUUCCCUGUGGCAGCCACCUAAGGUGGGCUGGAGCCACUGCCCAACCCUAUCCGCUUCUACCCUAGGCCUCAGUUUCCCCUUUCCUCACACGGGGCACUAAUAACAAGGAGCUAGCCUUGCCCACUCCCACCCUUCUGCUCCUCCCCACCCCCCAAGGUUCUGGUUCCAUCUUUCCUCUGUUCACAAACUACCUCUGGACAGUUGUGUUGUUUUUGUUCAAUGUUUCCAUUCUUAGACAUCCGUCAUUGCUGCUGCGACCAGCGCCAAAUGUUCAUCCUCAUUGCCUCCUCCUGUUCUGCCCACAUCCCCCUCCUCCAAGAUGCUCUUAGGGGAAGGGGCCUGGGGCAGAGCAGGCUGGGUUACCGACCACCCCAGUCCCAGGGAAGGUGGGGGCCCUGCCCCUAGGAUGCUGCAGCAGAGUGAGGAGUGGGGGGGGGCCUGUAUUGACCGACAAGGGUGUAGGGGCCACCUUUUCCCCCUGUUCUGCCGGGGAGGAGGUAGCCAUUAUUUGUCCCAGCCUGGGGCCCCCCCAUCUGGUUUCCUAUUUGCAGUUACUUGAAUAAAAAAAAUAUCCUUUUCUGGA